GUAAAAAAAAAGGAAAAAAGAUCGGCAACCGUACGAAUCACGAAGGCCUUUUUUUUUUUUCUCGAAAUACGAAAAGUUAAAUUCAAUAGACUGGAUGUCUUAUUUUGAACACUAACGCUUAUUUUGAACAAAGAAUGAGCUCUGGAGUGAAUUUUCAAAAUAAGAAUUUCAAAUAGACUAUCUUCUUUAAUAUUGUAGAAUGAGCUUCACGUCAGAUUUUAAUAUUAUAAAUUAAAAUAAUUUAAAUCUCUAUUUUUAAUUUAAAAUAAGAGUAAGAUAAUUUGUCUAAAUACUUUCAAUACGCAUAGCUCUACCAAACGCGAAUUGGAGUUGGAAACCGUCGACCUCUUUAACUUUUCAUGGUCGACCAAGACCCGGUGCAGCAACAGCAAACGCUCCGGCUCAUUUAUGACCUCUGACCCCCCUCUCCUUUUACUUGGUUUGCAAAAAAAAAAAAAAAUACUCGUAUAUUUCAAAGCGGUUUGCUUAGCUACUACAGUAAUCCUUCCACACCUUUCAAAAUCCUUUUGUGAAACCAAGAAAUGCUAGGGAAAGACUGACGAAAGAGAGCGCGAGGAAAAAUUGCGUUCAUGCUGACGAACCAGCAGCUGACGAUGAUUCUUCUCCGUGCUUUCGUUCUCGUGUGAUGCUGCUGUUCAAUCUGCCUCUCUUGCCAAUGCUUGAGCUUGAGGUUCUGGGGUUUUCUUAGAGGCUUGCCUUGCUAAAUCUCACCUUGAGUUUUUAUCUAGCCGUCGUUGGAUCUUUCCUUCCUUCUUCUGCUGCGACUCGUCGCCAUUUUGGAGCUAAAUCCCACCUGGAUUUCUUUUGCUGCCUGGUGUUUCUCGGCGACGCAAGUUUUGAAUGCACUGUAAUUCAUCCACAAAUGGUGAGCUGCUGAUAUUAAUGAGAACUGAACAUGUUCCUUUGCUGUGGGCGAGCGGGAGAACAAGAAAUUAGCCGACGCAGUAGUUUCUCUGUUGCAAGAUGCACCCAUAUUCACUAAAAAGUUCCAAGGGAGGGCCAUUUUUGUCGCGACCAAUUCGUGUUUUCUUCAUUGCGUUGUUCGGUUUAUAUGUAUGCUACCUCUCCCUUAAUCGAAUAACAAUAGAGAACGAAGGAGAAGGGGAUGAUGGAGAAGAACAAAGAAAAGAUGUAUGCAGAAAGCCUUUUGUUCCACAUGAGGAGCUGCGCUAUGUGCACUUCCCAAAACCUACGAGUUAUAGCAGGGGGGAAUGCUCAUGUACUCCUGUUCGAUUCUUUGUUAUUGUAUCUAUGCAAAGAUCCGGAAGUGGAUGGUUUGAGACCUUGCUAAAUAGCCACCCUAACAUCAGCUCAAACGGCGAAAUCUUCAACAGAAUGGACAGACGAGAAAAUAUCUCAUCUAUCUUAGGAACACUUGACAAACUGUAUAGUUUGGAUUGGCUCACUAGUGCAGCUAAGAAUGAAUGCACAGCUGCAUCUGGACUGAAGUGGAUGCUAAAUCAGGGAAUUUUGGACAAUCAUGAUGAUAUAGUUAGUUAUUUGAACAAGAAGGGUGUCUCCGUGCUAUUUCUGUUCAGGAGAAACACUUUACAAAGGGUUAUCUCUGUGUUGGCCAAUGACUAUGACAGAGAUGCAAAACAGUUGAAUGGAACUCACAAAUCUCAUGUUCACUCAAAAGAAGAGGCUGAGAUAUUAGCAAAAUUCAAACCAGAGCUGGAUACGUCGACUCUGAUUACAAAUAUCAGAAACAUUGAGAAGGCCAUCAGAGAUUGCUUGGACCACCUCAACACCACGCGGCAUAUGACCCUCUAUUACGAGGAUAUAAUCCGCGACGACAAUGUAAUGAACACUGAGGCAUUAUCCCAGGUGCAAGAGUUCCUCGGAGUUCCGGUGAGGAAGCUGAUCAGCAGGCAGGUGAAAAUUCACACGAGACCACUUCCAGACCUUGUCAACAACUGGGAGGAAGUGAGCAGAAAAUUAAACGGUACAGAGUUUGCUCACUUCCUUGAUGGCUCAUAUUAUGUCAAGUGAUGCGAUCCGAUAGUUUUUCGCAUUUGGACUUGUAGCUGCAAACAUGGCAUAGAAUUCUUUUGUACAGAGAGUUUGCAAAGAGAAAGGCAUAAAGAUACGGGAUGAAGAUCACACAUGCUGAUCGAAUUGUCAAAAACUUGAAUUUUCCCAGUUCUCUUCUUUGCACUGUUACAAUUACCUCUAAAGAUUGUUAUGAAAGUGGCUAAGGAAUGCUGGCAUCUG